AAGGCGUUGUCCCCACCACUGUGGAGCGGAUCUGAGAUUUCCAUGGCAGCAGAAGAGUUUGUGGAACCAUCACAGGACCAUGUCACCUUUGAGGAUAUCGCUGUGUACUUCUCCCAGGAGGAGUGGGGACUACUUGAUGAAGCUCAGAGGUGCCUGUAUCAUGACGUGAUGUUGGAGAACUUUUCACUUAUGGCUUCAGUGGGUUGUUGGUCUGUAAUAGAGGCUGAGGAGGCCCCUUCUGAGCAGACUGGUUCGACAGAAGGAGUGUCACAGGCCAGGAUUUCAGAGCCAGGUGUGUCCAUUCCAAAUGCUUAUCCCUGUGAGAUGUGUAUGCUGGUCUUGAAGGACAUUUUGUACCUUGCCAAGCAUCAGCAAAUACUUCCUGGGCAGAAACCAUACACUUGUGUGGCAUGUGGGAAACAAUUCUCAUUCAGUUCAAACCUGAACCAGAAGCAGCACAAUGAAGAGAAACACAUCGGAACGGAAGAGAACAGAGCCCUGCUUGUGAGGAGUUGCAAAGUCCCAGUGUCAGGCAACUUUUUAACAUGUGAAGGUGUUGAGAAGAGUUUCCUGGUCAGCCUGGGCCUUCUCCAGCACCAUACCACCCACAACAGAGGGUAUCCACAUAAGAGCAAGGAGACCUUUCACCCUCAGCAAAGGCAUUACAAAUGUAGCAAAUGUGAGCAAGUUUUUGAUGAGAGGAUUCAUGUCAUUGAGCAUGAGAGAGCUCACACUAAAGAAAAAGCUUAUGAGCGUAGUAAGUAUAGCAAAUCCCUGAGCUCCAAAUACUCACUUGUUGAAAAGCAGAGAACCCAUAAUGGAGAAAAGUCUUAUGUGUGUAACGUAUGUGGGAAGUCAUUUCGCCACAAACAAACACUUGUUGGGCACCAGCAGAGGAUCCACACUGGGGAAAGAUCUUAUGUUUGCAUUGAAUGUGGGAAAUCCUUGAGCUCCAAGUACUCACUUGUUGAACACCAGAGAACCCAUAAUGGAGAAAAACCUUAUGUGUGCAAUAUAUGUGGGAAGUCAUUCCGCCAUAAACAAACAUUUGUUGGGCAUCGGCAAAGAAUUCACAGUGGAGAAAGGCCUUAUGUGUGUAUUGAGUGUGGUAAAUCCUUUAUUCAAUCUUCCGACCACAUUCGACACCAGAGAAUUCACACUGGAGAAAGAGCUUAUGUGUGCAGCGAAUGUGGGAAAUCCUUUAUCUAUAAACAGUCACUUCUUGAUCACCAGAGAAUCCACACUGGAGAAAGGCCUUAUGAGUGCAAUGAAUGUGGGAAAGCCUUCAUCCAUAAAAAAAGACUUCUUGAGCACCAAAGAAUUCACACUGGAGAAAAGCCUUAUGUGUGCAUCAAAUGUGGGAAAUCCUUUAUUCGAUCCUCUGACUACAUUCGACACCAGAGAAUUCACACUGGAGAAAGGGCAUAUGAGUGCAGUGAAUGUGGGAAAGCCUUCAUCUCCAAGCAAACACUUCUUAAGCACUAUAGAAUCCACACUAGAGAAAAACCUUAUGAAUGCAAUGAAUGUGGGAAAGGUUUUUACCUUCAGGAUAAACUUCUUCAGCACCAAAGAAUCCACAGUAGAGAACAAUCUUAUGAGUGCAGUGAAUGUGGGAAAACCUUCAGCCACAAAAAAAGACUUUUUGAGCACCAGAGAAUCCACACUGGGGAAAAGCCCUGUGAGUGUAAUGAAUGUGGGAAAUGCUUUAGACACCGCACCAGCCUCAUUCAACACCAGAAAGUUCACAGUGGAGAGAGGCCUUAUAACUGCACUGCAUGUGGGAAGUCUUUCAUCUACAAAAACAAACUUAUUGAACAUCAGAGAAUUCACACUGGAGAAAAGCCUUACAAGUGCAGCAAAUGUGGGAAGGCCUUCAACAAAAGGUAUUCCCUAGUCAGACACCAGAAAGUUCAUAUAAGAGAAAGGCCCUAGCUACUCAUGGGAUGUGAUAUCACCUUGUUCACCAUAACACAUCAGAGAGCAGAUUUUUCGAGAGAUUCAUCAGACAGAAGUUGAACCUUGUUCAUCUGAAGAUCAACAGUUGGAAUAUUCACUAUGAGGUCCAAGUACUUGGGAAGCUUUCUGGAGCUAACUUGCACUUUCUAAUCUGCCCAGCACUGCAACAGGCACUGCCAUCUAAUAUAUCCACGUGGUGUCCAUCAGUCACUGCAGUGUGCUCAAGGAAUCUUUGUGCUCGUCAAACCCUGAAGAGAGUCAUGAAUAAUGUGAGCUUGUUGGGGGGGUCUACCAUCCUGCUGGACUGUUUUAAAUGUGGCCAAGAAGAGCCAUUUGGGUUCUUCUGGUGGCUUUUAAAGGAUUACCUUCUUCACAGAUAUUUUUUUUUUCAUGUGAUUGUCAUGGUGGACUUUUCCCUACUCUACAUCACCCAAAGGAAGCAGCCUGUCUCACUGAGUGCUGACGCACUAAUAAACACCUUAUUGUUUAGCCACCUU